UCUGUUCACACUGUACUGCGCUGUGGAUCCUGUUUAAACUGACCAUCACUACUGUUACUGAGCUUUUUUUGUGGAGGCUGAAUGAAACAAAAUUACUUUGUUUCUCUGGAUGGAUACACACUGUUUUUGGAGGUGACAGUGGAGACUUUGGAAGCUGAAUAUGUUUAGCAGUAAACAGAUGGCCUCUCGGCUCAAGAGUGGUGAAGCUCUGUAAAGUCAUUCCCGUGUUUUAGUGCGAGCGUCCCUGAGGAGUUUUAUGUGUCAUCAGGACCUUGAGACACACCCACUCAGACACACACUGAUGCUCAGCCUCUCCUUUUCAGAGUAGACCUGGCAGACCUCUAAUCUCUAAAAGAUUGAUGAGGUCCUGUCCAGGCGCAGGAGGCCUGGCACAGCGUCGAUAAGGCAGCCUUCAUUUCACCACAUUUUAUCCCGUGCUCCUUCCUCUUCUCUCCUCUUUUCCUCCAUGCGGAGGGACGCGGGGGCUGCCUUUGAAGUCUGAGAGAGGAUUAUGACAUGUCAAGGCCCCUGGGCGAGAAGGACAGUGUUUUAAGCAACAGGAACCAUGAAAUUCCCAGGAAAUGACAGUUCUCUUUUCUUCUGUCGCUCCAUGUGGGACAGCUCUGUGGUAGCCGAGCAGUACGCCAGAGUCGGCAUGCCACUGUCAAACUGCUGGAGCAGGAAUAUACUGAAACUACAGAGGGACACUCGGAGCUGAGAGUAGCUGAACACACACCACCCAUCCGCACACACGCACAAACACACUCAGAGUGUUCCACACAGGACAAUGUGCAACAUCUCGUUCUGUAAUGUGGAAAGUAAGGUGGACCAGUUCUUCCAGCCCACGCUCUACAUCAUAGUCAUCGUUCUGGGGCUGCCCACUAACUGCAUGGCCCUGUGGGCUGCCUACAUGCAGGUACGGCAACGCAAUGAGCUUGGCAUCUACCUGAUCAACCUGUCGGUUGCUGACCUCCUCUACAUCACCACUCUUCCUCUGUGGAUCGACUACUUCCUGCAACGCGAUGACUGGAUCCAUGGGCAGACGAGCUGCAAGCUCUUUGGCUUCAUCUUCUACACUAAUAUCUAUGUCAGCAUCGCCUUCCUCUGCUGUAUAUCACUGGACAGGUAUCUGGCCGUGGCAUAUCCUCUGCGCUUCGCCAAGGUUCGACGAAUCAAAACAGCUAUCCUGGUCAGCGCCAUGGUGUGGAUAAUUGAGAUUGUAGCCAACUCUGCUCCUCUCUUCCAUGAUGAGCUCUUCCAGGAUCGGUUCAACCACACCUUCUGCUUUGAGAAGUAUCCCAUGCAGGACUGGGUGGCAGGGAUGAACCUCUACAGAACAUUUCUGGGCUUCCUCGCACCAUGGACAGCCAUGCUUGUUGCCUACCGUGGGAUCCUGGCAGCAGUGCGCUGCAACGUCUCAACAGAACGCCAGGAAAAGGCCAAAAUUCAGCGUCUGGCAUUGAGUCUGAUCCUGAUCGUUUUGCUCUGCUUUGGACCGUACCAUGUCCUCCUCCUGGUGCGGAGUAUCAUGUUUCUAAGGAAGCCAUGUGACUGCGGCUCAGAAGAGAGCUUGUUUGCAGCCUACCAUGUAUCGUUAGCGCUGACCAGCCUCAACUGCGUCGCUGACCCCAUUUUGUACUGUUUCGUCAAUGAGGGGGCUAGACACGAUGUUGGCCGAGCUCUUUCAGCUUUACUCUCUGCAGCUUGCAAAAGAGGCUCCUCUUCCUCACCAUCACACGCUGACAUACUCAACGCUGGUUCAGUGACUAUGGACACACCACUAGCAGCAAAGAAGCAGCCUUGUGUGUACGCAGAUGGAACCAAGACAAGCAGCUACAAGACAGAACUGGUGGCACUGAAGGAGGAGUGUCUACAGAUGACCAUCCUCAGUAGGAAGUGACUUCUAUCUGGAGCAUUCAGUAUGAGAUCCAAACUGCUCAGCUCAGUGGAUGGAGGAGGUUCCGUACACUGAGAGGGUCUGAUGUCUUCUGGCUUGACAAGCUGAAGUCAGAUGCAUUUAUGAGGCUGUAGAUGUUUGGGGUCAAAGCUUCCACUAAAUAACAUUAACAAGCCAGAAUGGAAAUGAGAUUUAUGACAUAUACAAGACAUAUUGUCUGUAGCCAUGGUAGCAGCUCUUGUGAGAUUACUUAGACACCAGAAAAUUAUUUUGGUGAAUGAAAAAAAUGGGGAGACUACUUGGCUAAUGUUAGAUCC